GUCUUCACGAAGCAAAUCAGCCUGGAGGACGUUCAGCUUGUUUCGGAAGACGGAAAAUUCUGAACAUGUCAGCGGUGGAAAGCAUGUUCACAGCGAUUGUCAUCCUCAUUCUUCUGGUUUACCUCUGCGAGGCAGAUGACUCUGAAAUUUGGAGAGAUUGUGACUGGCCGGAAAAUGCACGUCCUUACGAUAAUAGUACCUACGAAUUCUAUUGGAAGCAUGAACGAUCAUCGAUACGCAUUUGGUUUGUGGCUGACGUUGUUACUCUGAUUUCCAUGAAAGUGUAUAAAGAUGACGACGGCACACUUCGUUUUCAGUGCUUGAUUGGCCAAGAUAGGUGUUGUCCGAGCAAGGGCAAACCGAAACAUUGCACCGACAUGUUACACUGGGUUCCGUACAGAAAUG